AUGACUAUCACACAGAAGGAUUUGGCUGUGGCCGAACGUGAAAUCGUGGAAGAGCAUCAGCUCAAAGAAAAAGUCGUCAACGAAGAAUUCAAGAUCUGGAAAAAAACAGUUCCGCUUCUUUACGACACCAUACAUACCUAUGUAUUGGACUAUCCAUCCUUGGCCAUCAAGUGGCUUCCUGAUUACACUUAUUCAGAUAACAAGAACUCUGUCAAUGUCAAGUUUUUGAUAGGCACCAAUACUUCACACAAUUCUCUGAACUACUUGAAAUUGGGAUCUGUAAACAUUCCCAGUACAUUGGCUCCCGAUUUUUCCACUGUGAAUCCAGAUGUUGACAGCAUUACCGUUCCCUCGCUGGUUAUCGAAGACACUUCCGACUUCAGAAUCUUGUCUAAAUGGAAACAGACCUCGGAAAUUAACAAGCUCGACAUCUCUCCAAAUGGAAAGAAAGUAUUGAGUUUCAACAGCGAUGGAGUUGUCCACUCCUACGACUUGGAAAACAACGACGUCAUCGACUACAAGUAUCACAAGUCUGAGGGUUAUGCACUUACUUGGUUUGGAAAUGAUAGCUUCAUCAGUGGUUCCAACGAUUCGCAGAUUGCAUUGUGGUCACUUGACAAACCUUCUACUCCCAUCCAGCUCUUCAAGAGCCACAAUGGAGCCGUCAACGACAUCUCGUAUAAUCCCAACUUUGUCAGUAUAUUUGGCUCUGUUUCGGACGAUUCAUCAACUCAAUUCCAUGACUCUAGAGCUUCUGGUGACAAUCCUGUUAUCAAGCAGGAAAACCAACAUAUUCAGAUGGCUAUAAGUGUCCAUCCUGAGAUCGAAACCUUGUACGCAACUGGAGGAAAGGACAAUGUGGUGUCGUUGUACGAUAUCAGAAACUACAAGAUUCCUUUACGUAAGUUUUUCGGCCACAAUGACAGUGUUGCUGGUAUCAAGUGGGAUGUAGAAGACCCCAGAACAUUGAUAUCGUGGAGUUUGGAUAAGCGCAUAAUAACGUGGGAUUUGAAGGAUUUGGAGGAGGAAUAUGCAUAUCCUGAUGGAAAUGAAAACUCAAGAAGAAGAGCCGCUGUAAAAAUAGACCCUUGCUUGAGAUUUAUCCAUGGAGGUCACACUAAUAGAGUCAACGACUUUGAUGUACAUCCCAAAAUAAGGAGCUUAUAUGCAAGUGUAGGCGAUGACAAUUUGUUGGAGGUCUGGAAA